GCUCAGCCGCCCCUCGGCAAGCGCAUAAGGGAGGGAGCGCAUGCGCAGAAGACGUGGCUGCUUGCGUAGGGAGCGAGGAGCAGUCUCUGCUGGUUGGAUCAGGCCGGGCCUCUGGCUGUCAGGAUGGACGAGGACAUUUUGACCACGCUAAAGAUCCUCAUCAUCGGCGAGAGCGGCGUCGGCAAGUCCAGCCUUCUGUUACGAUUCACAGAUGAUACAUUUGACCCAGAACUUGCAGCAACAAUUGGUGUUGACUUCAAAGUGAAAACCAUCUCAGUUGAUGGCAAUAAGGCUAAGCUAGCAAUCUGGGACACUGCAGGUCAGGAACGGUUCAGAACUCUAACGCCCAGCUAUUACAGAGGGGCACAGGGUGUUAUAUUAGUUUACGAUGUCACAAGGAGAGAGACUUUUGCAAAACUAGACAACUGGCUAACUGAAUUGGAAACAUAUUGCACAAGGAAUGAUAUAGUUAAAAUGCUAGUUGGAAAUAAAAUUGAUAAGGAAAACAGGGAAGUUGACAGAAAUGAAGGUCUCAAGUUUGCACGGAAACAUUCCAUGUUGUUCAUAGAGGCAAGUGCAAAAACCUGUGAUGGUGUACAGUGUGCCUUUGAAGAACUGGUUGAGAAAAUCAUUCAGACUCCUGGACUGUGGGAAAGUGAAAGCCAAAACAGAGGUGUAAAGUUGUCAAACCAUGAAGAGGGCUGCAGAGGAGGUGGCUGUAGUGGCUACUGUUCUGUGUUAUAAACUCUGGAAGACUUAUUCUUGUGCAUAUUUAAAUGAAUAAUGGUGUCCUCUUGUACAUAAACUCAUAUCUGCUCUUUUAGGGACCUUGCAGUUUGCACAUACUUGUGUAUCAUGGCAGUGAACAUUUUUUUUUUUUAGGAAAAUGUGUUCUGCAGCUUUUCCUGUUGAGAAGUGUUAUGGUAAGCAUGCCUAACUUGCAACUUUUGGGUUCUUUUAUACGUUGCAUAAAAUAACUUGUUGCAGGAACAAAUGCACUCUGACUCCACAACCUUAAUUAUCAUGGACUUACUACUAUAAAUAGUUACUUAGGAAACUGUUUCAAAUACACAUUGGCUGCAUUCUGUCUGAAUUUGGUAGUCUUUAAUUCAAACCACAGCACUGCUUGAGACACAUUUUUGAAACAAUUCAAGGGGAUACAUGUAAAAUUUGCACACUUCAUUGGCAAAUGUUUCUUCUUGCCAAUAAACAGCAUGGCACUAAAAUCCCUUUUUAACUCUAAGCAGCAUUUUCUAGACUAUAACUCAUCCCAUGCUUUGGAAGAGGUGCUUCUAAAACUUGGAAUUUUUUAAGAUUGUCACUACAAUGACUAGUUGAUUAUCUAAUGGGAGUUUUAACCCUGAGAGCUUUAGAAUUUCACCCUUGCACUGUGGUUUUUACAAUGUAGUGUGCUGUGGACCUGCAGGAGAAGUUUGUUUUCUUUUUUUAAGGGCUGAACAGUCUCUCAUUGUGAAUCACUUUGCCAAGCUUUGAUGAAUGCUUCUUUCUAAAUGUUAGUAAUGUAAUUUUGGUUUCAGUCACUCAAAACUGUUGCUCAUUUGUGGCUGAAAUGCCUGGAUCGGAUGACUAUUUGUGGCUAUUGGUUCUGAAGCUUAAAUGAUGUUUAAAAAGCUGUGUCUUCUAGGUGUGUAUAAGGAAUGUGCUAUUUUGUUUGGUUUGCUGUAACAAAUAGCCAACAGCCGGCUUGUUUCAGAGAACUUGUGUAGGCUAAUAAAUUUUCACAGUAUUUGCUCUUUUCUAACAUCUUCCUUGUGUACAGGUGAAUUUUGUAAGGGAUAAUUCCAGAACAACUUCUGGAGAACUGUUAACCCUGUAAUAAACACUUAUCUGCAAAUACAACAGGGUACUGAUCUCUUUAGCAGUUUGAGAUACUGUGCAACUUCCUGUAAAUACAUAAACUGAAAUACCUUUAACAGUGGUUCUCAGACUUGGGCCCCCAGAUGUUGCUGGACUCCAUUGUGGCUGGAAAUUAAUGGGAGUUGUAGUCUAACAUCAUCUGGAUACCCAAGUUUGAGAGAAGCCCUGCUCUAUAAUGUUGCUCUUUUUUGUACACAAGUGCUGCAUAAUAAUGGUCUUGUCACUUAUGGAAACUUCCCUUUCAACUUUUCCAUUUUUGUUAGGAGACGUUCUCAGAGUUCAAAAAGUUAAAGCAUCCUGGUUGUUCUAUAACAAGAUUCUGUAUCACUAUAAAUUUAAAUAAAAUUAUUCUGUAAAUGUU